AACAAAGGCCCCUCUCUCUCUCUCUCUCACAUACACACACACUUUUGCUUUCUUUCUCUCUCCAAUAAUCACGAAACCAUAAUCUGUGUGAGAGGAGAGGUAGAGGGGAACCCACCUCGUUUCUUCACUUUCUGAGCACACAGAUGCGAAGAAAUAGCAAAGGCGAAGAAUUGAAGAAGUGUUCUUGAUGAUGGAGAGAGAAGAAGUAGAACAAGGGAUAUCUUUUUACCUGCAAUAACACUCCCACGAACCAAGAACCACUCAUAUAUCAUCAUGGAGAUCGUACUGUGCUUUGUGUGUGUUUUCUUUUUCUGUUUGUAGGGGUCUCCCUUCAGGCUUCAACUCUCUCUCUCUCUCUCUCUACGGUUGUGGUGUGAAAGAGUAGUAGUGGCAUGGGAAGUUCACAAGUCCCUCUCUCAGACAAACUUUUUUCAUCAAAAAAGCCAAAGAGACACAGUAGCAGUAAGUAGCAGUAACAUAUGGAGUGGAAGCUCAGCAGAUAGAUAGAAGAAGACGACCCCAUCACCAGCAGUAAUUGCUACUUACAGCAUCCCUGCCCCCCUCUUUUAUUCUCUCUCUAUACAUCCAUCUCUAUCUUUAUUUCUCUCUCUCUCUCUCUUUGUCUCUAAAUCUUCUUCUGUUCUGAAGAAUUUCAGACACCCGGCCCACUUUCUUUUUUUCUUUUCUUUUUGUUGUUUUUCAUCCAGACAGUAAUUAACGACUCCCUCGUAGAUUCUUCAAGAUUUGGGGAAAAAAAGGUCCGUUCUUGCACUUGAUAGAGACUUACAUGAGUUUUGUACCUAUCUGUAUAUAUCGAUCUUUGUUUGUGUUGUGAAGACGUAUAAAUUAAGGAAGAAGAUAGAUAUAUAUAUAUAUCAAGAAUUCAGACAGAAUCAGCAGUUGUGGCUACUACUCGGAGGCUGCCUUCUGAUUCUGGCGCCUUUGCUGAUUGGGUGGCGUCCUCGUCAUCCUCAGCUGGAGACCUCUCGUUGGGUUUCAAUGCCGGCCCGACUGCCGCCGCCGCUGCCAACUCCAGCGCAGCGGCCGCUGGGGGGAUGUGGGCCUCCCCCGCCGGCACCACUCAACUGUGGCCUUCCCCCGGAAUUCUUCUUUGUAGCUCCGGCGUCAUCUUUCCAGCACCAUCAUUCGGAGGCUGCCGCUGGAGCGGCCACCACGAUCAACUUCGAUCCUCAUUCACUCAAUGCCUCCAACGCCAUCGGCGUUGGGGUUGGCGUGAUACCUCUCCUCACUGCCACCCCUUGUCUCGCGCAGUCAGGUAUUGGUGGCUCCGGUGGUGGUAGUGGUGCUGCAGCAGAUGAUGACGUUCUGAACAACUCCCGCCACCGUGGCGGCGGCGGCAUGCAGCUGUGGCAACACCAGCAGGGACAGAAUUCUCCGGCUAAUUACUUGAAGAAACCCAUGGUUGUUGAUCACACAAAUCUUCUCCAAAGUGGGAACGGCGGAGGCAGUACUUCCGGUGGUAUUGGAGGUUCUUCAUCCAUGGGAGCAACCACUUGUCAAGAUUGCGGAAACCAAGCCAAGAAAGACUGUUCCCACAGGAGAUGCAGAACCUGCUGUAGAAGUAGAGGCUAUGAUUGUACCACGCACGUCAAAAGCACUUGGGUCCCCGCCGCACGCCGCCGCGAGCGGCAGCUCAUGGCCACCAAUACAGCCACGGCGGGUUCUUCACAGUCUACUUCCGGCGCCAAGAAACCCAGACUCAGCGGCGCAUCUCAAACUACUUCUCAUACUUCUACCUCCAACACCACCCCGCCAAGAAGCUUCGACACCAGCUCUAGCCAUCAAAAUGCAAGUUUCAAAGAAUCACUGCCAGGCCAAGUCCGCGCGCCGGCAGUCUUCAAGUGUGUAAGAGUAACCGCGCUCGACGACGGCGAGGACGAGUAUGCAUAUCAGGCAGUAGUCAGAAUAGGCGGCCAUGUUUUCAAAGGUUUCCUAUACGAUCAAGGGUUUGAAGGUAAUAGAGGCGACGGUUUUCCAAACAUAUCCGAAUUGCACUUGGGUGGCAGCGGCAGCGGCGGCGGUGGUGGUGGAGGAACUGGUGGCGGAAGAAACGGAGCCGCCUCCUCGUCACCUCCAGUUCUUGAUCCAUCUGAUAUGUACGCCUCCUCGGGCGGCGGGUUGCUUGCAGGAUCAACUUAUGGUAACCCAAUAAACUGAUUUUCUUGGUAAGGUUGAUCAAGAGUGAUGAAGUAAUAUUGAAAUGACAUUUGCCCUCUUUCAAAUUACUAUCUUUGAUCACUGUUGGUAAUUAUUCUUGUUCUAGAUUUGGUUUUCAGCUCUUGCCUCUAGGCACCACCCUUAAUGCCUUAGUCAUUCCAAGAAGAGUAUCAUCAUCUGUCAAGAAAAAGAUAACUCUCUCUUUUCUUACAGUAAUUAUAUUUGGACAUAUUGUCUAUAUAUAUGUAUGCUGUAUCACACAUUUGCAAGAGUACAAUGUGUGCAUAAUAAGUUCACUUCUCAGAAUUUUACGACUUCAAA